AUGAUGGAUGUUUCUGUGCCUUGCCCCUCUGAUUUCGUCGUUGAACGAUUUAUUGGUCGUGGAUGUUACUCUUUUGUAUAUGAAAUUCGAAAAACAACUGGCUUUGAUAGCGGUUCUAAAUAUGCUUUAAAACGUUUUCUUCUGGAGAAUGACUCCGCAAUUAAGUGCGUUUUGAGAGAAAGACGGAUUUUAGAACGUCUUGCUUUGUGUGAUUUUCAAAGCCCAUUUCUUCCUAUGCUCUGUUACAGUAUGUGGAAAAACUAUUCAUCUGCUUUUGUUCUUCGAGAAGGCUCGGGCUGUGAUCUUUAUGAUCUCCUAUGUCACGUUGGUUGCCUGUCAGAAAGCAAUACACGUUUUUAUAUCGCAGAAAUUAUUUGCGGCCUGGAGCAUUUGCAUUCACUGAGUAUUGUACAUUUGGAUGUUAAACCUGAAAAUAUUCUCUUCUAUCCGGACGGCCAUGUGUUUGUUUCAGAUUUAGAUCGUUCCUAUGAUAUUUCCCAAAAUAUCAAGCCCACGCUAGAUGACUUUACCGGAACUCCUUUAUUCAUGGCUCCGGAAGUCGCUCGAGGUGAAGCCAUAGACACAAGGUCUGACAUAUGGAGUCUGGGUGUCCUUGUCGCGGAGAUGGUUACUGGUCCUAUCCGACGUGAAGCUGAAAAUACUGCCGAGGAAUUUAAACGAGCACGUAUGGGUACAUAUAACAUACGGGGUUUAAAGCGUCUCUCAAAACCUCUUCAGUCGUUUUUUAGCGCCUGUUUGCAACGCCAGCAUACACAACGUCCUUAUCUAAAAGGUGUAAAAGAGCUUCGGUUCUUAAAAUGUGUUGAUUGGUGCAAGGCUGGGUCCAGACUUCUUCGUCCUCCAUAUUCGACUUCAGAACUCCGUCACCGACUGACAAAAGAAGAUAAGAUCUCGGUAUCCUCCACUGAUGUAAAUCUACUUUCUGGAGCAUUUAAACCUUGGAGACCAGUCAAAUUUAAUUCAAAAAUGCCACAGAGCGCAAACACUGGUGAUUCUGAACCUGGGGAUAUUCCGUCCUCCUUGAAAAAAGCAGGAUACACUGAAGAGAAACUGGACUUACUGUUUAACUCGUUCAACUUUAUACAUCCGAGUUUACGGACAUCUGCUACCGAUACUGGCGUUUCAGAUUCUUUAUCAAAACUGACGGUGAAACUAGAUACAGCUAAAGGUUUAGUCGAUAGCAUACCAAAUACUAAACAUUCUAAAGGUCUUAUUAGUAAUAAUUCUGUGGGGCCUAUACCUUUCCGAAGACCUAGGUCCAGAGGUACAUCUAUUGGGGAUUGA